AUUGCGACUGUCGCGGUCAGCUGGAUCAUCAUCGCCUCUACCGCAGUCACCAUUGUCAUCGUCUUUGACCCGCUGGGGGGGAAGAUGGCUCCGUAUCCCUCUGCGGUCCCCCAUCACCUGGAUAGUCCUGAGUCCAGCCAGUUACUUAAUGGCCUCAAGACGGCAGCUACAAGCGUGUGGGAAACGAGAAUCAAGUUCCUGUGCUGCUGCAUCGGCAAAGACGACCGUACUCGAGUUGCUUUUUCGAGUACGGCAGAGCUUUUCUCAACCUACUUUUCAGACACGGACCUGGUGCCCAGCGACAUCGCAGCAGGGCUCGCUCUUCUCCAUCAGCAGCAGGACAGCAUCAGAAACAACCAGGAGCCUGACCAGGUGGUCAGCCGUUCCCCAGAGCCCUCCCAGGAAGCUGAUUUGGAUGCAGAAUUAGAAAACUGCCAUCACUAUAUGCAGUUUGCAGCAGCUGCCUAUGGGUGGCCUCUCUACAUUUACAGAAACCCUUUCACAGGGCUGUGCAGGAUCGGUGGCGACUGUUGCAGAAGCCGGACAACCGAUUAUGACUUGGUUGGAGGUGAUCAGCUCAACUGUCACUUUGGCUCCAUCCUGCAGACGACGGGGCUGCAGUACCGGGAUUUCAUUCACGUCAGCUUUCACGACAAGGUGUACGAGCUCCCCUUCUUAGUGGCCCUGGACCACAGGAAGGAGUCGGUGGUGGUGGCUGUGAGGGGAACCAUGUCUCUCCAGGACAUCCUUACGGACCUGUCAGCCGAGAGCGAGCCGCUCGACCUGGAGUGUGAGGUGCAGGACUGCUGGGCACACAAGGGGAUUUCUCAAGCUGCCAGAUACGUUUACCGACGACUCAUCAACGACGGGAUUUUGAGCCAGGCGUUCAGCAUUGCACCUGAAUACCGGCUGGUCAUCGUGGGGCACAGCCUGGGGGCAGGCGCCGCGGCCCUGCUGUCCAUCAUGCUCAGAGCCGCAUACCCACGAGUCCAGUGUUACGCCUUCUCCCCGCCCAGGGGGCUGCUGAGCAAAUCCCUUUAUGAAUACUCUAAGACCUUCAUCGUGUCACUUGUUCUGGGCAAGGAUGUGAUUCCCAGGUUAAGUGUGGCCAACUUGGAAGAUCUGAAGAGGAGAAUCUUGCGCGUGGUUGCUCACUGCAACAAGCCCAAGUACAAGAUCCUGCUGCGCGGGUGCUGGUACGAGCUGUUUGGAGGGCACCCCGAGGACCUGCCAACGGAGCUGGAUGGGGGCGACCUGACACAGCCUCUCCUCGGCGAGCGGAGCCUGCUGGCGCACGGGUCCCCGGCCUACAGCUUCUCCAGCGACUCCCCGCUCGAGUCCCCCACCAAGUACCCCCCUCUCUACCCUCCCGGCAGGAUCAUCCACCUGGAGGAAGUGGGCACUUCAGGGAGGUUUUCCUGCUAUCCUGCUGCUCAGUACAGCGUGAAAUGGUCACACGAGUCGGAAUUCAGCAAAAUACUCAUCGGCCCAAAGAUGCUAACAGACCACAUGCCCGACAUCCUGAUGAGAGCCCUGGACAGUGUGGUGUCCGACAGGGCUGCCUGUGUUUCCUGUCCAACCCAGGGAGGCUCCAGUGUGUACGUGGCGUAA